AUGAGUUUCAAUAUUAUUCGUGAGCUUGCGACAGCUGCGAAAGGUGUUCCCAAGCCUCAAUUCAAUGUCUUUGACAGAUCUGCGAAACUAGUACAUAGAUCCAAAUAUGCAAAGCUUGACCCUUUAAUCUCGCGAAAGAAAGAUUACUUGAGAGAUGAAGUUGCUACAAAGACAAUAGAGAGAUUGGCAUUUAUCACACGUCCAUUUGACAAAGUGCUCGACUUUGGUAGUCAUGGAGGCAAUUUUUUGCAAAACUUGUGUACUAAAAGCCACCUUCCACCAGAACUUGCUUCUGACGAAGUAGAGCAGAAAUUAGUUGAGCAAUUGAAUAAGGACAAGACCCUAGUGAGGGAAAAGAUCAAAGAGCUUGUAUUGUUUGACUCGUCGAAAAACUUAUUGGAUAGGGACGAAAAUAUUAAACUUGAUUACGAAUUUCCUGGCAAAGUCACCCGAAUUGAAGGCGAUGAGGAAAAAUUUGAUCAUAGCAUACUUUCCGAAUCAAAUCAGUUUGAUGUGGUUCUUUCAAACUUGAGCUUGCAUUGGAUCAAUGAUUUACCACAAACACUUGCAAAUAUAAAUCGAAUACUUAAACCUGAUGGCUUGUUUAUGGGGACACUUUUUGGAGGCGAUACGUUGUAUGAACUUCGUACCUCCUUGCAACUAGCUGAAUUGGAAAGGAAAGGUGGAAUGUCUCCCAGAGUAUCUCCUCUUGUGCAUCUCAAUGAUGUUGGUGGGUUAUUGAACAAAGCAGGCUUUUCGAUGCUUACCAUUGACGCAGAGGACAUUGUAGUUGGUGGGUUCCCUGAUAUUCUUGCUGUUUGUGAAGAUUUGCAAAUAAUGGGGGAGCAAAAUGCCGUGUUAUCAAGAGCCAAUAUUUUACCUAGAGACGUGCUAUUAGCGGCAAAUGAAAUUUACAAAACUUUGCACGGCGAAGCUCAACCAGACGGAAACGUCUUGCUACCUGCAACAUUCAAUGUCAUAUUCAUGAUUGGUUGGAAGAAAAGUGCAUCGCAACCACAACCUUUGCAGAGGGGAUCUGGCCAAGUUAACUUGAAAGAUGUUUUACAGUAA